AUGUCUGUCCAGGAUAGAGCCCAGGCCCAGCUGUCGCAGCUCGACAAGGAGCUGUCCAAGUACCCCGCACUCAACAACUUUGAGAAGCAAACGUCGGUCCCCAAGGUCUACAUGGUCCUCGGUCUUGCCGGCCUUUACUUCUUCCUCAUCUUCUUCAACAUUGCUGGAGAAUUCCUCGUCAACAUUGCCGGAUUCAUCAUUCCCGGUUACUACUCGCUCGAGGCUCUAUUCAGCGCAAGCAAGGUUGAUGACACUCAGUGGUUGACAUACUGGGUGACCUUUGCGUUCCUGACCGUUUUCGAGAGCGCCGUAAGCGCCGUUUACUGGUUCCCCUUCUACUACACCUUCAAGUUUGUCCUGAUCCUCUGGAUGGCCCUCCCCCAGACUUCUGGUGCUCAGAUGGUCUUCCGCUCUUUCCUCCAGCCCGUCUUCUCUCGCUACUUCUCCGCAUCAGGCUCCACCGCCGCCGACCUUCGCGCCAAGGCCGACUCAGCUGGCAAGCCUCAUGCCUCGUAG